GACUUCUUCAUGGAGGCUUCUGGUUAUUCCACCUCGUCUUCCAACACUUCUUUGUACAAUGCAAUGAAGGCUGAUGCACUUGCACAUUGCCUAUCUGAUGGUGGCCACUUUGUUGUGCCCUGGAAAGGACAUAGGGCUAUCCAUGAUUUUUGCAAUGAAUACACCCUUACAUGGAUGUUCCCCCAUUUGGAUCCCUUUGUGCUAGGUGGGUUUGAUGAUCCUCAUUGGCAUAAGCCUGUGUCCAUGGCCAAGCAGCUUGCACACCUCCUGCACAUGGCAAACAGCCGCUUUGAAGAAGAACCCACAUUUGCAUUUGUCUUCCACAACAUCUUGCAGAAGCGUGAGGCAGCAUGUCUUGUUAGGUUUCAUAUCCUGGACGGCAGGCACACUUGCAUUGUGGAGGAUAUUCAGCAAAUUCCUGGCCAGGUAUUUAGCAAAUUGGCUGACAAACUCCAAAAAUCACAGUGGGCAAAAGUGACAUUGGUUGAAGAGGAAAUGGCCUUGAGAGUCCUGCACAAGGUGCACAUGCUCAGGCAUGAUGUGCCCAGCAGUGACGCAUACAAGUGGUGCCACAGGAAUGAGAUCAGAUCCCUUGUG